UGGAAUCAGUAGAUUCCUUACACACAGAGUGAUCCAAGUCAGGCGUUCACAUUUUGUCACUUUAGAUGAAACUUGGUUUUUCAGGUAAAAAAAACAUUAACAUAAACUGAAAAGUCAUGCCAUGGCCAUGUUUAAAAUAUUUCAUAGUUGAAAUUAAGUACCCAAAGGUUAUCCAUAGGCACAAAAAGGAACCAAUGAGGAGUAAACCAGCAACACUGGGGGAAAGAACGGCAUUGCAGUCGAAGGGACAAGGGAAGAGUGAGCAGAGGAGUAUUUAUUCUGAGGAGGGUGAUUAAUGGGACCAGCAUCAGGUGAGUCGAAUUAAUACAAAAGUCUUGCAGCCAUUGAGAAGCAUGAACCAAGCAACUAAGUUCUGAUAGCUCAAAACGGCCAUUACCAAGACACACAGGUGAUGUAACAUGAACAAAGGAACGACACCAAUAUCUAAACAGAGCAUUAGUAGACACAAGGAUCUACCAAAAUGCAAAAUAAGUCCAAAGAGAAAAGGAAUUCAACACAAAAGUAACAUAGCAGAACCAAACUCCUUCCAUGUCAAGAUACGGCCUACACAAUGACAAGAAAGACUGUUGACUUGUCCAGCAGACAGCCAUCAGCACCCUUCACAAGGCAGAUAAGCCAUAAAAGGUUAUUGCUAAGGACGAGGCAGCUCAUAGACAUCCAAGCAUAUUAAUAGAAAGUUGAGAGGAAGGAAAAAGUGUUGUAGAAAAAGAACUUGAGCAACAAAAAUAACAUGAGCUAUAAUUGGCUUCAUUGUAGGUUAGCAACUAAUGAACCCAAGAUAAACUCAGAAGUGUCUUAAAGAGAAAAAGAACUGAACUUAUGCUCAGCAGUCUAAAGCGGUCACAUUUUGCUUCUAAAUCGAGGUUUGAGAGUGUAAAGGAAAAAUAGUUUAGAGGCACAAGAUCCAGGUCGUUCGAGGUCCAGUGGGAAACUUCCAAAGCCAGCGGAUGACUUGAGCAGCCAUGUCAUCGGCUGGUUUUGGUUCACGGUGUUUCAUCAGGUAAAGGCAGAGCAGUCGGCUACCAGGAAACACGUCAAGCUUUCCUCUUCUGACCAGCUUUAUGGAGACACUAAAUGUAUUUUCCUGCAGGACCUGCUCACGCUGCCCAAAGUACUAACACCUGCUUUGAUGACGGUGCUAUCACUGUGCUUGAAUGGCCACUAUAACGGCACAACAAUGUUGCAUUAAGGCAGUAAUUCCACUCAAAAUACCUCUGGCCAGGUACUGAGGGGGUUUACUGUAUAGAAUACAUAGACAUCUUUUUUUUAGGAAGGAGAUUUUGGAUUAAAAUACUUCUUUUAUUUGACUAAUGUAAUAUUUAAAUUCUAAUAAUAUUCUAAUUUGUUUAAAAAAAACAACUUUGUUUUUGAAGGUUUUCUUUUUUUUUUUUUUAGAUUGACAAUAACUUGAAACACAUAAAUCUGCUUGAAACAAGUCCAGUUAUGAGUUUCACGUUUUCUAAAAUUGACUUACUGAAACUAAUUCACUUUUUGAUUACAUUCCAAUUUUACUGAGAUGCACCUGUACAGAUGAACGAGUCCCUCCGUGUGAACUGUUGAAGGAUUCGCACGCGGAUCGUUGCAGGCUUGAACGUCCUAACAAGGAUUCAGUUUCAUCUUGGCUCCAGUCUGAACGCUCCGCCUGCUCUCGCCGAGGAUAUUGACUUUCCCGCAAGUUAAAGCAUUUAAAUGUAGAGUGAGACAGAUGCUGUAUGUGGACUGGAGGCGACCGCAAAAAAAAAAAAAAAAGAAGAAGAAGAAAAGAAGGAACACGCGUGUGGGUGGAAGACUGGGGACGAAGGGACUUUACAAUCCGCACGUAUAGAUUGACAGCCAAGGCAACUUUGUUUGCCACUUUUUAAGGAGAUGCGCGCAUCAUCUUUCCUCACAAAUGACCGCACUCUUCAGGGGGGGGGGGAAAAGCAUCUCCUCCAUGACGCGCAGAAAUCCGUUCGUAAAACUGACGAUCGUCACUCUUCGAGAGCGAUAAAGAGGGAUUAAUUUCUGCGUUCAAAAACGUCAUUGUUUGAACAACUGAAUGAGUCAAUGAGGAUUUGAUGGAGGAGCUGGGCUGACAGCGACGCUCUUCACAAGACUUAACUUUUUGGAUUAGCGUGGCAGCGCCUUUUAACUCUCCCAGACGUUCCCCUCCUGACUGCGGAGAGGACCUGCGUCGGAACUCCUGACAGUUCUGGAUCUCUUAAUUGUCAUGGGUUUGGCUUUCGGUGCGCAACAAGGAGGUUAAUUCAAACUCAGCCGAAGGCAUCCAUCUACAGGAAUGGUAUUUCUGAGGGCAUCCAAAGCCGAAUCAGCGAAGUAUUCAUGAAGCAAUAUUUGAACUAUUACAGGAUGAGGCUGAGAACAUCGAGGUUAGGUUAUCUGUUUCUCCAGCUCGCGGCGCUUUGCUUUUACGCACAGGACACUGUGCAGUCGCCUCCUAAUUUCAAGCAGCACGUCACCGAACAGAGCCGGCUGUCGGACCGCAUGAGCCGCAGACUGACCAGAACCUACCAGCUGUACAGCCGAACCAGUGGGAAGCACGUCCAGGUCCUGGCCAACAAGCGGGUCAAUGCUAACGGGGACGACGGCGCGGUGCACGCUAAGCUGGAAGUGGAGACAGAUUCCUUUGGGAGUCGCGUUCGGAUCAAAGGAGUGAAGACGGGAUACUACAUAUGCAUGAACAAGAGAGGGAAGCUGAUUGGCAAGCGAAAAGGACGAGGCAAGGACUGCAUCUUCACCGAGAUCGUCCUGGAAAACAACUACACAGCCCUGCAGAACGCCAAGUACGAGGGCUGGUACAUGGCCUUCACGCGCAAGGGCCGCCCGAGGAAGGCCUCGAAGACCAAGCAGCACCAGAGGGAAGCCCACUUCAUGAAGCGUCUUCCGAGGGGCCACUUGCUGAGCGACAGGAGGCCAUUCGACGUCCUUCCUCUGCCCGUCCCCGUGCAGCCUCUCAGCAGGCGGACUAAACAUUCCCAUCACCAGCGCUCUGGGGGACGCUGAGGACCGAAACCACUGAAGAGGAACAACACAGAAGAACCACUUCAAGAGAAAGCAUGGUGUGAACUCAAGUGCCCACACACUUUUUCUUUUUUUUUUUUUUUAUUUGCCUCAUUUCUGGACUUCUUACGUACUUCUUGGUUACUGGGUUUUAUGUAAACUAUCUAAUCUGCUAGUUAUUUACAGACUGUAGCAAGAUUUCCCCGUAUCUUUGGCUAUUAAAUCAGGGCAUUUUACGUUCUGGAGAGCUCAAAAAAAAAAGACAAAGAAAUCUCAUGAUGAGUUAGACGUUAGCCAGCUCAGCGUUAAAAAGAAUGUUAAAAAGUGAAGCUAGACGUGGCAGCUAUCUGUGGUUACAGCAUCUCUCAGUCGACGUGCUCUCUCGGAGAAUUAUGUAACCUGUUUUUGUUUUUCUACAUAUAAGGAUAUAUUUUUACUGUAAAAAUGUAAAUUACAUCAAAGGAUGGAUAUAUUUAUUGUAGAGUGUAUAUUAAAACCACUAAAGAGUUUCGUAAGCUG